AUGCCGUUCCACCACAGCAACCAGCAGCAGCAGCAGUUCACGCUCGCGGCCGGCCUGGGCCAGGCGGCGCAAUUGGGCUCGAUCGGGUCGCCCCACGGCAAUCUCAGAGUGGCCACCGCAGGCACGACGAGCGCCGGUACUGACGCAUUUGCUGCCCCCGGCUCGGCCGCGCCCGACGAGCAGCACGCCGCACCGCCCGCCGCCCAGCAGCAGCAGCAGCAGCAGCAGCCGCCGCCGUCGCAGUCGCAGUCGCAGUCGCAGAUGUACGGCGGCCCGGCGCCCAACGUCGGCCUCCAGCAGGCCACGCCCCAGGGCGCCCACUACAGCACGCCCGCAUCUCUGCCGUCCCUGCCGGGCAGCCUCCAGCCCGCGCAGCGCCCCGGCCCAGCGUCCGCGAACACGGCGCCCUCGGUGCCGACGCAGAACAUCGCCAGCAACGCCAACUCGUACACGCUGCCCACGCGCUCCAACACCAUCCAGUCGCAGCCCGCCUCCGCCCACACCUACUCGCGCUCGAGCCCCGCCGGCAUGGGCCCCGACCAGAAGUACAUCCCGUUCUCGAACACCCCUGAGCAGUCCAAGUACGCCGCGACCACGCCCUCGCAGAAGUACUAUCCCGCGACCCCCGCCGCCGGUGCCGCGCAGGCGCCGCUGGGCCUGGCUGACAUCCGCCCGCGCGCAAACUCGAGCAUGGAUCCCGAGGGCGGCCUGGGCGCGUCCAACGCCUUCGUCGCCGAGCAGAACAAGACGGCCACCAACAGCAGCUACCUGGCCCCGUGGAGCAUCUACGCCUACGACUGGUGCAAGUGGAACGUCCCCGGCGGCAACAGCGCCGGCAAGAUGGCCGUCGGCAGCUACAUCGAAGACAACCACAACUUCAUCCGCAUCCUCGACACCCACAUCACCCCGCAGCACGACGCCGCCCCGGGCGCUGCGCCCUUUGGCCUCGAGUACAGUGCCAUCGCCGAGGCAACCUGCUCCUUCCCCGUCACCCGCAUCCUGUGGGAGCCUCCGUCGUCGCAAAAGCAGUCGACUGACCUUCUGGCGACCUCGGGCGACCACUUGCGCCUGUGGUCGCUUCCCCAGCCAUCCGGCAACAACCUCAGCAACACCAUCUCACGGACGUCAUCGGUGAACACCAGAGAGCCUCAGCUGCCUAAGCUCACGCCGCUUGCUCUGCUGUCCAACUCGAAGACACCCGAGCACACCGCACCCCUGACGUCUCUCGACUGGAACACCAUGUCGCCCAAGCUCAUCAUCACCUCCAGCAUAGACACGACCUGCACGAUAUGGGACAUCCCAACCCUUACUGCGAAGACGCAGCUGAUUGCACACGACAAAGAGGUGUUCGAUGUCCGUUUCUGCGCAGGAAGCGUAGACGUGUUUGUGAGCUGUGGCGCUGACGGCAGUGUCCGCAUGUUUGACCUUCGAAGUCUGGAGCACAGUACCAUCAUCUAUGAGCCGUCCGAUAAGAACAACGACAAAGACAAAGGCUCCCCAACCGGCCGCAUGUCCCCAACAAAAGCUCAGCAGACCAUGUCCUAUGCGCCUCCCCUUCUCCGCCUCGCUGCUUCACCACACGACUCGCACCUCCUCGCCACCUUUGCUCAAGACUCGAACGUUGUCCGCAUUCUCGAUGUACGCCAACCGGGGCAGGCGCUCCUUGAGCUGCGCGGCCACUCUGCGGCGUUGAACAGCAUUGAGUGGAACCCAUCAAGGAGAGGCAUGCUCGCUUCUGGUGGCGACGACUCUCUCGUGCUUGUGUGGGACCUCUUGCACGCGAACACCGGCGCUGCAAUCAGCAGCGAGCACGCUGCUCCCCCGCAACCCGUUGUUGCGCCACAACCGGCCAAUGGUACAGGGGCCCAAAAUGUCCCCGUGGGACAAAAGGGUCCAUACGCCAGCUGGCGAUGUGACUACGAGGUUGGCAACAUCAGCUGGGCACCUCAAAGUGCCCUGACUGGGCAGGGUGGCGAUUGGGUGGGUGUCGCUGGAGGAAGAGGUGUCUGGGGCGUCAAAUUAUGA